UAAUCACACACGUAUGAGAAAAAAAGAAAAAAAAUAAAAUUGAAUUUGACACGUUCGAAAUUUCAAAUUCUAGGGUUUAUUGUGGUAGAAGGGGCAGAACGGGCAGGUAUACUGUAAACCUCCUCUCCUUCUUCCCACAAAACCACAAACAACCACCUUCCUCCCGCUUCUUCGACACAUUCGAAAUACCCUCUUUUUCUCUCUCCUCUUUAUAUAUUUUCAUCGUCUUCCUCCUCCUCUUUCUCUCUCUUCUCUGCUACUCACUUUCUCUCUCCUCCUUCACUUUCUCUCUCCUCGUUUCUUCGAUUCUUUCUCUCCUCUGAAAAUCUUGAGAAUAUCACUGAAUUAGGGUUUUCAGGGUUUUCAGGGUUUAGGUUUUUGGUUUUUGAGGUGUUAUUGUUAUCAACCCUAAUUUUUCGUCAUUCUAUACAGGAAAAGUUUGUGUUGAGUGUUAAGAGAAAAUGUCGAUGGAUAUUACUUCAUAUCUGCUGGCAGCACAAUCACCUGAUACUAAAACCCGCACAGAGGCUGAGGCUAGCCUCAGGCAGUUCCAGGAACAGAACCCUUCUGGUUUUUUGCACGCAUUGUCAGCUGAGCUCUCAAAUGAUGGAAAGCCAAUGGAGUCUCGUAGGUUGGCUGGUAUAGUGCUGAAAAAUUCAUUAGAUGCUAAGGAUGCUUCUCGGAAGGAUCAUCUUGUGCAACAGUGGGUGGCUAUUGAUGCUUCUGUGAAGUUGCAAAUCAAGGAGUCACUUUUGAGGACAUUAAUGUCUGUGACGCAGGAAGCAUGGCACACUUCAUCUCAAGUAAUUGCCAAAAUUGCUUCCAUUGAAAUUCCAAGGAAGGAGUGGCCGGAUCUGAUUGGAUCUUUGCUUAAUAACAUGACUCAACCAGAUGCUCCAGCUUCAUUAAAGCAAGCAACACUAGAGACCCUUGGAUAUGUUUGUGAGGAGACAUCCCAUGAACAGCUGGAGCAAAGUGAAGUGAAUGCUAUUCUGACAGCUGUUGUUCAGGGAAUGAACUUUGCUCAACAUAGUGCAGAAAUUCGCCUUGCAGCAACAAAGGCACUAUAUAAUGCUCUUGCUUUUGCAGAAACUAACUUUAAGAAUGAGAUGGAACGGAGUUACAUCAUGAAGGUGGUUUGUGAAACUGCAACAUCUCAGGAGGUAGAGAUUAGGCAGGCUGCUUACGAAUGUCUUGUGGCAAUUGCAUCAAUGUACUACAUAGUGCUUGAACCCUACAUGCAGACUCUCUUUGAGCUUACAUCAAAAGCAGUAAAAGGGGAUGAGGAGAUUGUUGCUCUUCAAGCAAUUGAAUUUUGGAGCUCCAUAUGUGAUGAAGAAAUUGAUAUUCAAGAAUCUUAUGAAGGGCAGAGUGACCAGUCUGAUCCUCCUCAUUCUCGCUUCAUUGAGAAAGCUUUACAGUUUUUGGUACCAAUGUUAUUGGAAACUUUAUUGAAGCAAGAGGAGGAUCAAGACCAGGAUGACAGCACUUGGAAUCUGUCUAUGGCUGGUGGGACAUGUUUGGGUCUUGUGGCGCGGACGGUUGGUGAUGCUGUUGUGCAGCUUGUGAUGCCUUUUGUCGAGAGUAACAUAUCUAGUCCAGAAUGGCGUGCCCGUGAAGCAGCUACAUAUGCAUUUGGCUCAAUCCUCGAGGGCCCUAGCAUUGAGAAGCUCUCGCCUCUAGUUCAUGCGGGUUUGGAAUUCCUGCUUAAGGCAAUGAACGACCAAAACGAUCAUGUAAAGGACACAACUGCUUGGACAUUGAGCCGCAUAUUUGAGCUGCUACAUUGCCCAGCUUCUGGAUUUUCAGUCAUUAAUGCUGCCAACCUCCAACCUAUUCUGGGUGUUCUACUGGAGGGCAUCAAGGAUACCCCACAUGUGGCAGAGAAGAUUUGUGGUGCUAUCUAUUACCUUGCACAAGGUUUUGAGGAGGAUGGAGCAAGCUCAUCUACCCUCACACCUUAUCUCCCCCAAAUUAUACCUUCUCUCAUCACAGCUGCUGAUAGAACAGACAGCAAUGACUCUAAACUACGGUCUGCUGCGUAUGAAACAUUAAACGAGGUGGUUAGGUGUGCUAAUGUGCCAGAAACAGCUCAAAUCAUUGAACAGUUGCUUCAUGUUAUAAUGAACAAAUUAUCGCUGUCUUUUGAGCUUCCAAUUGAUAAAGAAAAACAAGGAGAUCUGCAAGCACUACUUUGUGCAGUCUUACAGGUCAUCAUCCAAAAACUUAAUUUUGAUGAGACAAAACAGAUCAUACUAAAAUUUGCAGAUCAGAUGAUGAUCUUGUUCCUCAGAAUAUUUGCUUGUCGCAGUUCUACAGUGCAUGAAGAGGCUAUGCUUGCAAUUGGUGCAUUAGCUUAUGCAACUGGACCAGAGUUUGGGAAGUACAUGCCAGAGUUCUACAAGUAUUUGGAGAUGGGUUUACAGAACUUUGAAGAGUACCAAGUCUGUAGCAUUACAGUUGGGGUAGUUGGUGAUAUUUGCCGUGCCCUGGAUGAUAAGAUAUUACCUUAUUGUGAUGGAAUUAUGGCCCUCCUUCUCAAGGAUCUCUCGAGUGGUGACCUACAUCGUUCUGUCAAACCACCAAUAUUCUCUUGCUUUGGUGAUAUUGCUCUUUCAAUUGGAGCACAGUUUGAGAAGUACCUUGGCUAUGCUAUACCCAUGCUACAGAGUGCAUCUGAGGUGUGUGCUCAGAUGGACACAGAUGAUGAUGAGAUUAUGGAAUAUGGCAACCUUCUCCGGCGCAGCAUCUUUGAGGCUUACUCUGGGAUACUGCAGGGUUUGAAGGAUGCUAAGCCUGAGCUCCUUGUUCCGCAUGCAAAGCAUCUUCUGCAGUUCCUAGAAUUUGUCUUUAGAGACAAAAAUAGAGAUGAGAGCGUGACAAAAGCUGCUAUUGCUGUCUUGGGAGAUCUUGCGGAUGCACUUGGUCAAAAUGCAAAGAUAUUCUUGAAGGACUGCUCAUUUUGCGUUGAUUUCAUCCACGAGUGUCUUGAAUCUGGUGAUGAGCAGCUUAAGGAUACCGCAUUAUGGACUCAGGGGAUGAUUGGUCAGGUUAUGGUUUCAUGAGAGGCAGUAUUUUACAUCGCUGCAGAAAAAUUGUCAGCAUGCGUCAUUGCCUCUGUUCUAAGCCUUGUGUGGGGUAUCAGGUAUGGGUUAUGUCAGGGUUUAAGAGUCUGGGGUCCAGUAUUCACGUCAUGUCUGACGUAAAUUUUGGUCUUCGCAAGGUUUCAGUCACCUAAGUUGUUUUGGUGUCAAGAUCUGGGUCGGGUAAGGGGUUGGGGUAAUUUGUUGUUUGGGGGGGGGGGUGUUUGAUCCUUAUCUAUAUAAGGUCACUGAAUUAAAAGGAGUGGCCUCUUAUUGGCCUUGUGAAACUUUGAUUAAUUCAAUGCAUCCACUACUUUGGUGGUUCGAGUCUAUUCUGUUUGCCUCUUAAUUUCUUCAUCUAUUUAUUUUUAGUGCAUGAAUCAUGUGGUUAAUUCUAAAGCUUUUUGCUUGAUCAUGAUAACCAGUUCUAUUUCUAAACUUGUAUGUUAUGGACCUCUGCUGUAAUUUGAAUGCUUUGUGCUGAAGUAUAUAAAAUUGAAUAUCUAUAAUUGGACU